GCCUUUUCUGCUCUUUUGCAGUCGCUUUUGGAAGCACACGAUAUUGUGGCUUCAAAAUGUUACGAUUCCCCUCCUUCUAGCCCAGAAGUCAAUAACUCUUCAGUGAACAACCAGAUUGUUCCAGUAGAUGCUAUUCGUAUUCUUGGAAUUCACAAAAGAGCAGGAGAACCUCUGGGCGUUACAUUUAGAGUUGAGAACAAUGAUCUGGUAAUAGCACGGAUUCUUCAUGGCGGGAUGAUAGAUCGACAAGGUCUGCUGCACGUAGGUGACAUUAUUAAAGAGGUGAAUGGCCAUGAGGUUGGAAACAAUCCAAAAGAACUGCAGGAACUGCUGAAAAAUAUUAGUGGCAGUGUUACUCUGAAGAUUCUCCCCAGCUACAGGGACACUGUUAUUCCUCAACAGGUUUUUGUGAAGUGUCAUUUUGAUUAUAAUCCAUAUAAUGACAACCUCAUCCCAUGCAAAGAAGCAGGUUUGAAAUUUUCUAAAGGAGAAAUUCUUCAGAUUGUAAACCGGGAAGAUCCAAAUUGGUGGCAGGCCAGUCAUGUCAAAGAAGGAGGAAGUGCAGGGCUUAUUCCUAGCCAGUUCCUGGAAGAAAAGAGAAAGGCCUUUGUUAGGAGGGACUGGGACAACUCAGGGCCUUUCUGUGGAACAAUAAGCAGCAAAAAAAAAAAAAAGAUGAUGUAUCUCACUACAAGAAAUGCAGAAUUUGACCGUCAUGAAAUCCAGAUCUAUGAGGAAGUAGCCAAAAUGCCUCCUUUUCAGAGGAAAACACUGGUCUUAAUUGGAGCCCAAGGGGUGGGGCGAAGAAGUUUGAAGAACAGGUUUAUAGUACUGAAUCCUACUAGGUUUGGAACUACAGUGCCAUUUACUUCACGAAAGCCAAGGGAUGAUGAAAAGGAUGGGCAAGCAUACAGAUUCGUGUCACGAGCUGAAAUGGAGAUGGAUAUUAAAGCUGGCAGGUACCUAGAGCAUGGAGAGUAUGAAGGAAAUCUUUAUGGCACCAAAAUUGAGUCAAUCCUUGAAGUUGUUCAGACCGGAAGAACCUGCAUCUUGGACGUGAAUCCACAGGCCCUGAAAAUACUGCGGACUUCAGAAUUCAUGCCCUAUGUGGUGUUUAUUGCUGCUCCAGAGUUGGAGACUUUGCGUGCUAUGCACAAGGCUGUGGUAGAUGCUGGAAUUACAACCAAACUCCUUACUGACACCGACCUGAAGAAAACGGUGGACGAGAGCGCGCGGAUCCAGAGAGCCUACAACCACUACUUCGACCUGACCAUUGUGAAUGACAACCUGGACAAAGCCUUCGAGAAGCUACAGACUGCCAUCGAGAGACUGCGGCUGGAGCCACAGUGGGUCCCAAUUAGCUGGGUCUACUGAGAGUUCCCCACAGGAGCCGAAGUGACAGACAAAAGCCAGUACACCAAAUAGGCUAAAGUGACGUGUAGAUACCGACAGUAACCUGCAGCACCUGUGCAUUUUUACUCUCUGUAUAUUCAAAAGUACGCGAUUCUGAAUUUUUAUAAAAAUGUUGGAGGGAAAGUGUACUUAAAUAUGUAAUUUAUUUUAAUUUUUCUAACUUUUUACAGAUAACCUUUCUAUUCAUAUCACAUGAGGGAAAUGCGUUUAAGCAUUUUUAUAUGUUUUGAUUUAGUAACUUUGCCUUUUUUGUCUACAAAACUUUCAGUCAUUCACUUCAACAUUUACAUCUUGGUCUUACAUUUUCACUGUGAUUAAAAAAGGGAUACU